AUGGACUUUGAGACGAACGAAGACAUCAACGGGAUUCGUUUCUCCUGGAACGUUUUCCCCUCUAGCCGCACUGACGCCAACAAGAAUGUGGUGCCAGUCGGGUGCUUGUACACGCCGCUGAAGAGCAAGGAAGACCUAAUGGUCAUGUCGUACAACCCCGUGGUUUGCGGCGGUCCCCAGUGUAAAGCGGUUCUGAACCCAUACUGUGAGAUCGACCUGCGUUCCAAUGCGUGGGCGUGCCCUAUCUGUAACUCCAGGAAUCACCUGCCCGCGCAUUAUGCCAACAUGAGCCAGGAAAACAUGCCUGCGGAGCUCAGCAACACCACUAUCGAGUACAUCACCAACAGACCCGUCCAGGUUCCCCCAGUCUUUUUGUUUGUGGUCGACAUAACCGCCGAGGAGGAGAACUUGCAGGCGUUGAAAGAGUCGAUCAUUGCUUCGCUGUCGCUGCUUCCCCCUAACGCGCUGGUGGGCCUUAUCACCUACGGAAACGUGGUCCAUUUGCAUGACUUGUCUUGCGACACCAUUGACAAGUGCAACGUGUUCAGAGGCGACAGAGAGUAUCAGCUGCUUCAGCUGAUCGAAAUGUUGACCGGCGAAAAGUCCGGUGUUGCAGGUGCUGCCGGAGGCGCCGUCGGUGCGAACGCUGCCCUCAACAAAAUUACCCCUUUCUCUCUCAACAGGUUCUUCUUGCCACUUGAGCAAGUUGAGUUCAAGCUAACGCAACUGCUUGAGAACCUGUCUCCUGACCAGUGGUCCAUUCCCGCCGGCCACAGGCCUCUACGUGCCACGGGUUCCGCUCUUAAUAUUGCUACUCUGGUCCUGCAAGGCUGCUACAAGAAUGUGGCCUCCAGAAUCAUCCUGUUUGCUUCAGGUCCCGGCACUUUAGCACCAGGGUUGAUCGUUUCUUCAGAGUUGAAAGAUCCCCUCAGAUCCCAUCACGAUAUCGACUCCGAUAACGCCAAGCAUUACAAGAAAGCAUCCAAGUUCUACAGCAUGUUGGCCGACAGGAUCGCCCAGAACGGCCACACCGUGGACAUCUUUGCCGGUUGUUACGAUCAGGUCGGUAUGUCUGAAAUGAAGUACCUCACAGAUACCACAGGCGGUGUGCUUCUAUUGACGGACGCUUUCUCCACAUCUAUUUUCAAGCAGUCAUUCCUGAGACUAUUUUCAAGCGAUGAUGAAGGCUACUUGACCAUGGCGUUUAACGGCAACAUGUCUGUGAAGACCAGUAGGGACUUGAAAGUGCAAGGUCUCAUUGGUCACGCCUCGCCAGUCAAGAAGACGGAUGCGACUAAUAUCAGUGACUCAGAGAUCGGCGUGGGUGGCACAUCGACUUGGAAAAUGUCGUCCAUUACUCCAAACCACUCUUACGCUGUCUUCUUUGAGAUUGCAAACAAUGCUGCGGCAUCUGCCGGUGUUGUCGGCGGUGACAGGCCAAAAUUGGCAUACACUCAGUUUGUCACCUCCUAUCAGCACGCAUCGGGCACAAACCGUGUCAGAGUGACCACUGUCGCUAACCAGCUGUUGCCAUUCGGAUCCCCAGCUAUUGCCGCCUCUUUCGAUCAGGAAGCUGCUGCUGUUCUGAUGGCUAGAAUUGCUGUUCACAAGGCAGAGUCUGAUGAUGGUGCCGACGUUAUCAGAUGGAUUGAUAGAACUUUGAUCAAGUUGUGCCAAAAGUACGCAGACUACAACAAAGACGACCCAAGGUCGUUCAGACUGGCUCCAAACUUUUCCUUGUAUCCUCAAUUCACCUACUACUUGAGAAGGUCCCAAUUUUUGAGUGUUUUCAACAACUCUCCAGAUGAAACUGCAUUCUACAGACACAUUUUCACGAGAGAGGAUACCACUAACUCUCUGAUUAUGAUUCAGCCCACUCUGACGGCUUUCUUCAUGGAAGAGGAGCCUCAACCAGUACUACUAGACUCUGUAUCCGUCAAGCCAAACACUAUUUUGCUGUUGGACACGUUCUUCUACAUCUUGAUCUACCAUGGUGAGCAAAUUGCACAGUGGAGAAAAGCAGGCUACCAAGAUGAUCCACAGUACGCUGACUUCAAGUCUUUGUUGGAGGAGCCAAAGCUAGAGGCCGCUGAAUUGCUUGUUGAUAGAUUCCCAUUGCCAAGGUUCAUCGAUACUGAAGCUGGCGGAUCACAGGCGAGAUUCUUGCUGUCCAAGCUUAACCCAUCUGACAGUUACCAGGACCAGUCCGCGGGUGGCUCGACUAUUGUCCUGACCGAUGACGUCUCACUACAGAACUUCAUGUUGCAUUUACAGGAGGUGACGGUUAGCGGCCAAACAUGA